GUCCUUUUAAUCCAUCCUCUUGCGCCAUCAUCAUCUUUCUCAUAUCUGUCGCCAACCACAGACAUCCGUCUCACGACCUGGCCUCAAUUGUGGUUGCAGGCUCGAGUUAUCUCUGCUUUUCUCGACAGUCUUUACACAUCAUCUCUUAUUACAACCCUUUCUCCACGUCGCAGCUGGUCUGUCUGUUCCAGGCUCAACCAAGCAUCAGUCAUCUGACGCCUUUGCAUCUGUGCACCUUCCUUGCCAACCCACCUCGGUGGUCUAAGCUUGAUAAACAAUAAUCCUAUUGUUCAAUACCUUCACCACAAUGGCCUCAGAGGUGUGUCCACACUCAUGUGUUGACACUGAAUGGAAGCUCAUCAUCAUCGCCACGUUUAGGUCCCACCUCUUCGCAUCCAGAAGGGCAGCAAUGGCACUUCACCAUCAAAGCUGCCCCGAGUAACCAACCGUCCUUUGUCUGAGCUCAGCCCCAUGGCUAUUCGUAGAAACUCUCCUAGCUUCCCACAGUCAAAGUCACAAUCCAAACUGCUCAUCAACGAAACAUCUCCAGCGGCAUCGUCCCCAUUCUCAAACUCCUCGCCCCGCCUCUUCUGGCAGGGAAGGGAUCCCAAUUCUCCCGCCAGAGAGAGCACCCUCGAUCCCUCUCCAUCCUCGCUCAACAAGCGAUCCUCGAUUGAGAACCUGAAGAGAGCUUCCAGAGUAAAGAACAGCAGCAUGUUCGAGAUCGAGCAAAAGAACAAUUACGAUCCAUCGAGACCAACAAUCCUCGACGGUCGACCACAGACAAUGCAGCCCUACUCACCGAGAUCUCACAUUCGAGCCUCGGACACAUUACGCAAAGAAAAUAUCGCACCUGUCGCGGUCAAGCCACCAGCGCAAUCCCCACUCAGAGAUGUGCAUGAUUCAGACAGCAAUACCGUCAACGGAAUCACGCCUCUUUCUCCCAGCAGACUCAACAGUUCCCCGGUGAAAUCGUCUUUAUCGAAGAAAACAGGCUCCAACUUCCGUCGCAGUGGCUUCAACCCUGAUACAGGAAUCUGGGAGGAUGACGACGAUGUCAAAAACAAGCAACUGCCUCCAGGUCGUGGACUACACCGCCAUAACAAGAGUGUGACCUUCGAUCAGGCCCCACCUCAAGUCAAUGAGUACGAAAUGACCACUCCAGCACCAUCUUCUCUCGGAUCAGAAUCCCGCGAGGGAAGUUAUGAGUCUGUGGAGGAUGAGGAUGAGGAUAUGAGCUUCGAGCGAGGUUCAUCCAUAGAUCAUGACGACAGUUUCGACGCUUCACUGGAAGACACCGACAAGACCCCAGUGGUCUUACCCGAGGACUGGCGGUUCAUGAGUCCUGACACUGCCAAAAAUGAAUUGACACGCGCUGAAGAUGACGUUUUCAAUGACGAUUGUGGUAGCCCUGAGCCUACCGCGACACCAGGUGCAUUUCCCUAUCGACCCCAUCAGACCAGUGCUGGAUCAGUCGACUCCAAUGGCCAGACUCGUCCUCUUCCCCCGCUUCCCGCGGGAGUCAAGCCAUCAAGUAACAGCCUCCUGUCUGGUGCGUUUGAACGUAUGAGCAUUGGACAGCGAUCUCUUCCAACCCCGCCCAUGGCUGCCGCUAUUUCCAAGAUUGACAUCCUCAAAAUUGGAAACAGCACGUCGCUGUCGCCUGAGGAUCGUUUACGAUUGAUGGCUCUCCAGGAAGAGGAGCGAGAACGCCGAAUGAGACGACUGGGCUCCAAGGAUUCGAGUCCAGUUCGCGAACCCAGUGUAGAAGGCUCGGUCAUCAAUCAUGGCGAACCUGGUCCUGAAAUCUAUACUCCGCGAGCAACCACACCGAAGUUAUCCCGGGAAUCCGUCUUGCAAGGUCUUCGGGCCGACGCAAAUCAGGAUAGCAGGGAGAGCAGCGCGGAGACGGAAAUUUCACAUGCACAGUCAUCUAGUGUGUAUGACCCUGAUGUGCCAAUCCCAUCCACGGAAGACCAAACAGAUGAGCGUCAUCAGCCAGUGUUCAUCAAACAGGAGGAAUAUGAAGAAGACCUCUACUCAAUCCCUGAUUUGUACGCCCGUGGCGACGUCUCCGAGUCUGAACAAGGUGGCAACCUCGAUGAUGACCUAACAUCACAGUACUCGCAGGCCUCUACAGCGCCACUGCCUUUGCCAGACCUCAAUGAUGACGGACAAAACACCCCCAAGGCUCAGAGCCCUAUCCGAGAGACGCCCAAAGUCAAAAGCGCGACUGGAGACCGGGUGUCUCUGCCUGAGUUCAAUGAUUUUGGCAAGGAUACUGGUUUCGACAUUGGACUCAGCCCUUUCCUGACACAGAAUGAAGAGAAGCCGAUGCCAGACCUUGCAGCGCUUCGUCAAACCAUUCAGCGUUCGUACAGCCCCGAGGUGCAGACUAAAGGACAGCAAAGUCUCGCCACGCAGAGAUUUCAACAACAAUCGUAUACGGUGGCUGAGCCCAAGACCUUUAGGGCUCAAGCAGGCACAGAUUUUGGCAGAAGCCAUGACCGGGCUCCUCUGGUGGAACAGUCGCGGUUUGAUACCGACAGUGACAGAUCAAUGUCGCCAUCCGAGAGUGGCUCGGUAAUUGUGAAUCCCAAAGAAGGAUCACCUAUCUCACCCAUGUCAGCCGAGUUUCCAGACGAUUUGGGCACGAUGGAGAAGGAAACCAAGAAGGAGGGACUCGCCGGAGAGACGACUACUCUCCGUCUACCCUUGAUGACGGACAGCAAGCGAGUGAGCAGUUUGGUGCCACUAGAGAUUUCCCAAGGAGAUUUAGAGGACGGGCUCGGACUCGGACCGGGACUGGAACAAGCCUUUGACCGGGUGGUCGAAGCACAAAAGCGAGGAUAUCUCAUGCGGCAGAACACCAAGAUCGUUGUGGCCAGCGAGCGGUUGUCCAACGAGGAAAGCAGGUCCCCCGGCUUGCCAGCAGUAGAGGGUGAUCUGAACGACACUCAGGCACUCCAGGCGAACCAAGUGACGCCAUCACCUCGUAAGACCAGUCAACCAACCUGGACGGCCGAGCCAUGGAACGGCAAAGUUCGACGCAAGAGCAUCCGUGUUGGUGGUGAAAAGGCCGUGGGCCAUCGAAAGGCGGUGGGAGGGCCAGUGCCACCGUUGCCGGGGCAAGCCAGCAAUGCUCAAGAGGCGCUCGAUGCCGUGGCAGAGGAUGAGGUCGGUGAAGAAGAUGAGUGGGAAGACGGAGCAGAGCGGGGGCGACUGUUUGUCAAGGUGGUGGGUGUCAAAGACCUACAAAUGCCAUUCCCACAACAUGAACGCACACACUUUGCUCUAACAUUGGACAAUGGGCUCCACUGCGUCACAACAGCGUGGUUGGACCUCGCCCGCAGUGCACCCAUUGGUCAGGAAUUCGAACUUGUGGUCUUGAAUGACCUGGAGUUUCAACUGACGCUGCAAAUGAAGCUGGAAGAACCCAGAGUGGAACGACCACAGUCGCCAUCUAAAGCGCCAAACUCGCCCAAGAAACCAGGCGCGUUUGGACGUCUUUUUGGCUCUCCUAAGAAGAAGAAGGAAAUGGAGCUCCGUGCUCAGCAAGAAGCACAAGCAACGAGACGGCCGGUGACACCACCUUCAGCGUAUGAACUGGUGCAAGGAUUGGUAGCCAAGGAUGGGUCGUUUGCUCGGGCAUACGUGACCCUCAGCGAGCAUGAGAAAGAAGCGUAUGGACGGCCAUACACGGUAGACAUUACGUGUUUCAACGAAUGGGCAUUGGAAGAAGUGGUCGUGGGCAGUUCACGAAGCAAGAAAGGGGUGACGCAAUUGCAACGACGUCCUCCGUACGAGAUUGGCAAGCUGGAAGUGCAGCUGCUGUACGUGCCCAAACCCAAGGGGGCCAAGGACGAAGACAUGCCCAAAAGCAUGAAUGGGGCGAUCCGGGCACUUCGGGAAGCGGAGCAGCGUGUGCAACAGCAAGCCAACAUCCAGCCUUUCGAGGGAUAUCUAAGUCAACAGGGAGGCGAUUGUCCGUACUGGCGACGACGAUUCUUCAAGCUCUCUGGCACCAAACUCACGGCAUUUCAUGAGACGACGCUGCAGCCGAGGGCGACGAUCAACAUUGCCAAAGCGACGCGUUUGAUCGACGACAAGAGUGCGCUGAUGCAGAGAGAAACUUCGACCAAAGGCGGGGGACGUCGUAAGAGUGGUUUCGCGGAAGAAGAAGAAGGGUACAUGUUUGUGGAGGAAGGAUUCCGCAUCCGGUUCGCGAACGGAGAAGUGAUUGACUUUUAUGCGGAUGCGACCGCGGACAAGGACCAGUGGAUGCAAGCUCUGUCACAAGUGGUUGGCAAGGGGGUUCAGGCGUCGAAUGCUCCAAACCGCGGAUGGAUCGACAUGGUUCUCAAGCGGGAGAAGAAAUUGCAAGGAGAAAUGACGCAGGGACCCCGAGCAAAGGGACACCAGCGCACGGAAACCUAUCAUACCAGCAGUGGGCUCACUCAGCAUAGUCCGAGCAAGAACCGAGUUGCAAUGGAAGAACGACAUCGAAAGACCAAGAGUAUGGUCGGAUAGAAGGAGUCGAGGCUGAGGGUAGUGGGCGGAGCAUGUGAUAUGAGCAAGACGCAAUGACAUUCGGGUGUCAGGGUGUUGAUAUCGGAUUAUGGGGCAACGGAAGGCGUUUUUGGUUUUGGGACAAGGCAGGACUGUAGCAGGGCUUGGUUUCUGUAUGAAUUGUCAUCAUCUUGUAUGGGAUACAACGAGGAUUAUGUGGCAGACGAUUGGUCUGCCGUGAUUUCGAAUUGUGUUGAAUACAACAAUGUUGGGUCGUGAAAUG